UAGUCAACGUUUUCUUCUUCCCCAUCCUUGUCCUGACUUCUUUCCGAUGGCUUCUCUCUGUACUACUCCGUCUCAGCUGCUUCUUCCACCCAUCCCUGAUUUCUUCCCGAUGGCUCUGUCUGUAGCUCUCGGAGCCUGCCCUGCGCGUGGCGUCGGGCGGCGGAGGGAAUGGCAGCAGGCAAGGCAGGCACCACUUCCCCCAACGCUUCCUCCAAGAGUACUCUCCGCCACCGGACGCACCCCCGCCGCCGCCCGCCUCUCCCAUUUGCGAUGCCCGCGCGCCGGAUGCCGUCUCCGGCGAGCUCCCGGACUACACCACCCAAAUCACAAGGCGCUCUCCGGCUGCCGCGGUCUGAGAUCGGGGCAGAUCGGAUAGAAGAGCAGGAGAUCGGAGACGCGGAGCCUCGAGCGUGGGCUCCAGUUGCGCCACGAGCCGAUCCAUCUAAUUGAGCCGGGUCUUCAAAAAAUUUCUGAAGCACCGGUAUCCUCGAAAGGCAGAGGCACUAUUUGCACAUACACAGCUAAGUCGACAUGGGAGUUAUUGCGAACAUUACCGCGGAGAUCAAUAGCCAAAGAUUCCAGUUUAUCCGCAUUGAAGCACUGGUUCUCAUCGGCAUUGUUGUCUUGUUCCUCCUCCUUGUCCUCGGCUGGUACCGUCGGCAGUGCAGCCAUGAGGCAGUCAAGAUCAUUGUUUGGGGAGCCUACACGGUCUCGUACACCUUGGUGAGCUACACCAUGGGAUUGAUGCAGUCUUACCACGUGGGCAGUAGCUUAUUCGCGGUGUGGGCCGUUUGCUUGAUGCUGAUCCUAGGAAAUGUUGACUCCCUCUCAGCCUAUAGCUUGCAUGAUAAUGAUAACUGGAAGAGGAUAUACAUCCAGCAGCUUGUCCAGUCCUUCUGGGUUGGUGGGCUAGUAGAUGCAUACGGGGAGAGCGAUUUCUCUAUCCCACUGUGGAUCUUAUUCAUAAUUUCUAUGUACACUACUUCAACGCUAACGAGGUCCUUUCAAUCAGCAAGCAAAUCUUACAAUCUUCCUCGCUGCACAAAAUGGGUGGCAGACUACAUGAGGUAUGAGCACGAGCUGGAAAACACUGUUGUGCCAAACCCCAUACACAUGCACGGGUACCGUUAUAUAGUUACUGGAGAACAUGUUGAGACAAUAUGCCAGCCGCCAGACUACUUGUUCAGAUUCAAGCCAGAUGAGACCAAGUUAAUCACAGUGGAACAGAUCUGGAAAUGCAACGCGAAGCUGCUACAUCACCAGUAUCGAGAGAGCUCAAGACUAAAAGACAUUUGCCUCUCCAUGGCCCUGUCCAAGAUGCUCAAGCGUAGGUUCGCUGGCUUUGAUCUCGCGGAAUCAAAGCUUCAGAAGACACAUGAUUUCGUGUUCAAAGGACUACUUGACAGUGACAACACUUAUGAGCGAGCCUUCAGGGUCAUUGAGGUGGAACUAGGAUUUGUGCAUGACUUCUUCUACACAAAGUACCAUGUAUUGUUUGCUAGCCACGACGAGCGCUCUUCUGCCAUCAUUUCACCUGUAUUGUCAUUACCGUUUUGCCUGUGGCUGGCAUAUAUGCUUUUCCAGCGUUUCCGAGCACCUCAAGACGAAAUAACAGUCGGCAGGAGCAGCACAAGAAACGAUGCUUUGGUAACCAUGAUAAUAGUGCUUGGAAUUGCAUUGCUGCAGCUAUUGCAGCUCUACUUUUACAUUGCUUCAGAUUGGUUCAAGGUGUACUUGAUUUCCAAGUAUGUGACGAUGCCUAGAUGGCAGAGCAAUGAAAAGAUUCAGAAGAUAAUUGCAUUCAUCGUGAGUUGGAAGUCUUUUCGCCACUGGGAGAAUAAGGUUGGGCAGUACUCUUUACUGCACACAUUCAGUUGUACGCGAAGAAAAUGGAAUGCUCUCUGCCGUCGGACAGCCGGCCUUGUUGAAGAGACCAGAAAAGGCCGUGCAAAGAAGGCCAUUGAAAAUCUGCCCAAUGAGCUAAAGCAAGCAGUGAUAAACUCGUUGGUCAGAAGUUCUGGACGGCUGACGAAUGGGGCCACAUCGCUGAGAGCCAAUCGAGCUGAGCAAUUCCUGUGGGCAUGUACUGGUCUUCCAACCGUGACCCACACCAUAUUGAUCUGGCACAUUGCUACAACUCUCUGUGAUGAGGCACUGGGUGCAAGAGUCGGACUCGGAGACCGACUCCCCAAUGAAUGUGGUGACGGCAGGGAGAUGAGAUCCCACGCCUCGGUCGCCUCCACCUUGUCAAAAUAUUGCGCAUACUUGGUAGCAUUUGAGCCAAAGCUGCUGCCAGAUCACAGCUAUGACUCCACAGUUAUCUUUGACUCACUGGUUGAUGAAGCCAGUGUGCUGCUUGCAGGUGAUGUGUCAAUGCAGCAGCGGUACCGCACUUUGAUGUCCUUGGAUGCUGGCCCGGAAGACAAACGCCUCAUCAUGAUUGGCGCUCAGCUAGGGAGGCAGCUGAUGGAGUUGGUCACUGACCCGGCGCUGCGAUGGAAGAUACUUUCAGAGUUCUGGGCAGAGAUGAUGCUAUACAUCACGCCAUCAAGCGAGGCCACCGCACACCUGGAGACGCUGACAAGGGGAGGAGAGUUCAUCACGCACCUGUGGACUCUUCUUACGCAUGCUGGAAUACUGGAUCGAGAAGACUCUUACGGGACACCUUGAAUUCAAAUGAUUUGAGGCCGCCCACUGGAUCUCCUUUCAUUGGAGAAAUUAAAAUCGCAUUUGAUGUUUUAUAUAUUUCUGAACUUCCGCUGUUGGUACACGUAUUUCAUAUGUAUGAUCGCUAUAACAAACUCUGUUGUGGUCUUUAUUUUGUGAAGGAUGGCAUGUCCAAGUUAUGUAA